UCCUCUUUCGGUCAGUCAUUCCUUCCUUGUUCUAGAGAGACGAAGAGAGAGAGAGAGAGAGAGAGAGUGUCCGUCAAAGAAAGCUCUACUUCAAUGAAUUCAAAUGCCCCGUCUUCAAGCUCCGGAGGAGGCGCUGCUGCUGCUGCUGGAUCAACUGAUUCUUCAGCACCCAGACGAAAUUCCAAGCGACCCAAAUAUUCGAAGUUUACUCAACAGGAACUUCCUGCUUGCAAACCAAUUCUUACACCAAGAUGGGUGAUUUCAGCAUUCAUGCUUGUUAGCAUUGUCUUUAUUCCCAUUGGAGUAGCCUCCUUGUUUGCUUCUCGGGAUGUGGUUGAAAUUAUUUAUCGUUAUGAAACUGACUGCAUACCAGUAGCCAAUAGAAGUGAUACGGUCAAAUACAUUCAAAGCUCUGAGGAUAAAACUUGCAACAAAACACUAACGGUACCGAAGCAUAUGAAGCAACCUAUUUAUGUGUAUUAUCAGCUCGACAACUUCUACCAGAAUCAUCGCAGGUAUGUGAAGAGCCGGAGUGAUCAACAGUUGAAAUCUGCCAAGGAUGAGGAUGAAACAAGCGCAUGUAAACCUGAAGAUAAAGUGAAUAACAUGACAAUUGUGCCUUGCGGUCUUAUAGCUUGGAGUUUGUUCAAUGAUACUUACAGCUUUUCUGUCAACAGCAGCCAGCAAUUGACAGUAAACAAGACGGAUAUCUCAUGGAAGAGUGAUAGGGAACACAAGUUUGGAAAAGAUGUCAUCCCUAAAAAUUUUCAAAGUGGAGUUAGAGGGGGUGCAAAUCUUAGUUCCAAACCAUUGAGUGAGCAGGAGGACCUCAUUGUAUGGAUGAGAACUGCAGCGCUUCCAACAUUUAGAAAGUUGUACGGGAGGAUAGAGGUGGAUCUACAGGCAAAUGAUGUGAUUCAGGUGACAUUGCAGAACAAUUACAACACCUAUAGUUUUGAUGGAAAGAAGAAGCUUGUUCUUUCUACAACUACCUGGCUUGGUGGAAAGAAUGACUUUCUUGGCAUUGCAUACCUCACUGUUGGCGGCUUGUGCUUCUUUCUUGCUAUGGCUUUCACCAUUGUAUAUCUAGUUAAGCCAAGGCGACUUGGAGAUCCAUCAUAUUUGUCAUGGAACCGAAACCCAGGAGGUCACUGAGCAAGCUUGUGACACAUUUUGAAGGGGUACACUCAUCAUUAGUGGAUGAUGUUUUAUGUGACGAUGUGAAAAUGAAACUGUGAAGUGAUGAUAUUACUAUAUAUAUAUAUAUAUAUAUGUAUGAGACAUCUGUUUGAAGCA